AUGGCGAUCUGUACUUAUAACGCACAUACACUUGCAUCGGAAGCGGCCAUCGAACAUCUGAUGAUGGAAGCCAAGAAGAUCAAGUACGAUGUCAUCGGACUGAUCGAGACGAGACGUCGUCACCUUCUCAACGCCGUAUAUGAAACUGGAGAUGAACUGUUCUUAGGAACAUGCGACAGUAGAGGUGUUGGUGGAAUUGGCGUCCUCGUCAACACGAGUACGGCAAAGAACAUCGAUUCUUUCGAACAACUUACGACCCAGAUCGGACGUCUGCGGAUGAGAAGAUGUGGUCCAACACCUGCUUUGACUAUCUUCGUCGCUUACGCUCCGACAUCAAGCUACAAAGAAGAAGAAGAAGAAGAAGUCGAAGCUUUCUAUAUGGACCUGGAGAAGUUCUACCGAGAAGAUCAUGCCUUCUACAAGGUCAUAAUUGGCGAUUUCAACGCCAAAGUUGGCCCAAGAAGAACGCCGGAGGAACUUCACAUUGGGACCCACGGCCUACAAUGGAAUGACCAGGGGGAGAGGCUCUCCGAGUUCAUCAUGACGACUAAGACCAUCCAUGGAAACUCGCAAUUCCAGAAGCCCUCCUCUCUACGCUGGACGUGGGAGUCACCCGGUGGAGGGUACCGUAAUGAAAUAGACCACAUCAUCGUCAAUAAAAGGCUCUGCCUGACGGACGUCGCUGUUGUACCAAAGUCGGAAUGUAAGGUUCCUAAACAGCGGAAGACCAGCAAGACCGUGUUGUUGUAUAAAAAGGGAGAUCCACAUGACAUCGGCAACUAUCGUCCAAUCUGCCUACUGCCCGUCAGCUCUUUACAAGAGUGGUCCUUAAUAGGAUUGAAAAAGUCUUGGAUGUAG